UGGAGCUCAGUAAACGAAAGUGGGAAAACUUAAACUAACAAAGAGAGAGAGAUGGAGAGAUUAGGGGAUUGUAUAGAAGAGUUAAUGAAGUUCACACUCCAAUCUCACAUUAACAAAUCCCUCAAUUUCGAACUGCGUCUCUCCCCUGAGUUCUGCUCCGGCCUCCUCAAUUCCGACCACGCCGAUCCCAACCCGGGCCCCCCUGAUAUUUGGAAAGGAGUUCCCUCAUACCCUUUAUACAAGCAUCUCGCAUUAGCUUUGUACCAAUCCAUUGUUUCCGGCUCCAUUUGCAAUAGGCAACACAAUUUGGGGCUAAUGCACGACGAAAUUUCUACCAAACAGAAGGAAGAGUGGAAGAAGUUGGUUUCAAAUAAGGGACUUGAGUUGAUAAAUAUUAUGGAUAAUAUAGACUUUGAACUUCAUGCCCAGGAGCCCUUCUUUUCAAUGUUAAGAGAUGGCUUGAAGACAAUUGAAGGAAGGUGUGCAGUUGGCAAAUACAACAAUAUUGAACCAGGUGCUAUGAUCCUCUUUAAUAAAUGUCUGGUGCUUGAAGUUCAGGAUGUUCAUCGUUAUGAUACAUUUUCUAAAAUGUUGGAGGCUGAAAGUCUUUUGCAAGUCCUUCCUGGAGUUAAAUCUACUGAAGAAGGCUUGCAAAUAUAUAGGAAAUUUUACACAGAGGAGAAGGAAAGGUCUAAUGGUGUCCUUGCAAUCUGUAUUUCUAAUUUGGUGGCUCAGCCCUCUAUGUUGUUGGCCAGCAUACUAUCUGAACUAAGUUAUGAAGGUGUUCAAAGGCUUCUGGCUCUAGCACACACUCCUGGAACAAUUUCUGGUGCACUCCCCCCACCAAAAUUUACACUUCUCUCGUCAUUCAUGUUGCCAUAUAAUCCAGAUGUCAGAGGCAGUACCUUGACUCAUGGAGCUAGGGCCUUGUCAAAGCAUGCUGAUCGAAGUAGCAGUAAGUACUGGGGAAAUUUAAAUGGAAGUGAUUCAAAUAAAAAUAAUCUUGCAGUGGGUGUCAUUACUCAUUUGAUCACUAAUUGUUGCUGGUUGAAUGUGUAUAUUGUUCAAUUGCAUGGUGCUAUCUUUGAGAUAAGAGUUGGUGAAGGCUAUGGUGCGCGAUGGUCUAAAGACGGAACUAAGUUCAUUGGAUUUCUAGAACCUUAUAUGGAUGAUGGUCACUUGAAGGGAUGGAAGCAUUGACUUGACUCUGGAGUUCUUUGCACUGGCUUCCAUGAUCUACGAGGGGAGGCAUAAUCAAGGAUCCUUUGUUUUUUUUUGGUGGGAUGGGAGAGAAACAGGAUUGGGGGGUGUUAGCCAGUGGAGGAAUGGAUGAUUCUUAAGCUGAGCUACAGGGAAAUGGUAGCGCUGUGGUGGCAAUAAGUGCAAUUAAACAGUGUCUCAGAUGAAUAUGCAUUUGAGUUUUUGAUUCAUCAUAUUAGGUGUGGCAAAAUAUGACUGAAUAGUUGAAAGGGAAAGAUGAUUGAGACGAGAAAGAACCGACAGACGAUAAACUUUGCAGCUGAUGCUGACAAAUUUGGAUUGGUGAUGGCAAUGAUGAUGACAGCCAAGUGUGUAUAUUUGUCGGCCACUUCAUGAUGAGAGCUUUCACAUGGAUUUAGUUGUGACAAGAUUGCAUCAAACUGCCCCUUGGGUGGAAAAGUGCUGACUAUGCAAAUCUGAAACAGGUUCGUCUGCUGGAAUCUGGAGUUACCCAAUGAGUAAUCAAGUUGAGCAUAGCAACAUGAUCUGCCAGUGAAACUUUCUCAUGGUAUGAUUUUGUGGUGGGUUUGGCUUUCCUUUCUUUUCUGCAAACGUGGCAGGAGCCAAUACCCUUUGCUUGCAUGCCACGUGUCCCACUUUAUUCAUGAAUUUUCCGUAAAUAACACCUGCAAGCAUGGAUAACUGACACACCCACGAUGAACAAAAAGCUCAGAUUUCAGAUCCAAAGUUGGAUCCAUAUAUUCAUAUGUAAACAGUAAGUUGAACCCAAGACCUUUUCAUAUACAUAACUUUGCUCUUUCACUUUGCUUACCAGCAUAAUGGUUCUGCCUUGUGCCUUGUCAUUUAUUAAAUAUCUUUUUAAUGCUUUCGGUGUA